AGUGGAGAAGAAAGAUAAUCUGUAGAAAAGACAAAAAAAAAAACAUUCACACACUCAGCUCUCUAAUUGUGGGUGUGUCCAGAGCUAUACAUGCCUUUGCUCUUACCUGUGUUACUUAUAUCCCUGCAUGAGGCUCAGAACAGACACAUUCACACACACCUGCCAGUCGACACACCUGCCCUGCACUCGAGAAGUUGCGCUCUCUGCUCUACGUCCUCAGUAACGUCUUACAAACUCUUCCUGGCUGUCAUUCAGAUGUCGGCACGCACGACCUCACAUUUCUGCCUGCUGGUCCUACCAGUGAUGUCACUGCUGGUUCUCUUCUCUCCUAUUGGUUGGAGCUACGAUGGCGUCACCCCAGGGUGUCACUUACACCCUUUCAAUGUGACCAUCCGCAGUGACCGUCGUGGCACAUGCAAAGGCACCCACCUGGUCUACGCCUGCGUGGGCUACUGCGAAUCCAGCGCCUUCCCAUCCCGAUACUCUGUGCUGGUGGCCUCCAACUUCACCCACAACAUCACCUCCACAUCACGAUGCUGCACCAUCAGCAAGGAUGCAAAGGUCAAAGUUCGCCUUGACUGCCCUCGCGGUCGCCAUCAUGAUGAAUUAGAGAUCCUGACAGCGAAGGCGUGUCGCUGCGACAUGUGCCACAAGUCCCGCUACUGACACAUCAGGACAGUGCGCUGCAGACCAAAUGUGCACCAGAACCAAAUUAAAAUUUUGUCAGUCAAACAGUACACACAUUGGUAAAUUGUUGAACCACAAGAGUUUCAGUGAUGCACCAGGAACUAUACUUUUUCUAUCUCUGUCGACUUGUUUUGAAUGUUAAUCCACUCAAUCUUAUUUAACUGAAAAAAGAAUUAGCCUUACUGUCAAAUCCAGGGUUUUCUUCUUUUCUGUUCUCAAAGAAUGAAAGGAAGGUGGACAGAAAAGUAUCAAAAGAUGGCAAGGUCUCUGCAGAUCUACCAAGACCUUGAGACUGCGACAUUUUCUACUAAAAUCAAGUGAAAUUCAUUCAGGCAGAGUAAAACCUGCUCUAGACAUGCCACACAGUACCUAAAAAGUAAAAGGUAUGCUGUUUGUGUGAUUGUUUAUGUGUGUGUUUCUUUGUGUGCACAUGUGUAAAAUGUGAUGUAUGGGAGGUUUUUCUACAAAACUUGAUCGAUGCACAUUUGUGUUAAAGGCUUUAGAAACCAUUCUGUCACUCAUACUUUUUUUUUUGCUUUGAGGCUUGGCAGACACUUUGUAAGCAGCUAGAAAUACAAAAUAGUCACACUACCUUUCUUACUUAGUGACUUAGCAGCAAGUGAAAGUACACAGAGACUCCAGGAUGAUCAUCAAUCAAACUCACUACCCAGAAAAACUGAUUUCACCAGACUUUCACAUCUGUAAUUGUCCAAAAUGGAUGAGAACAUUACAUCACAUUACAUCAUCCCUUCAUUGACUUGUCAGUGAUACAUUGUCAACAUUUAAAUCAACUUAAGGGUCAUACAAGUAGUUUCAUUCUUUGCAAUAACCACUAAACACAGACAAGAGACCAAAGAAUGUACAACAUUUAUUUAUAUUUAUAAAUUUGAACUAAAGGAAAUUUUGUAAAUAAUAUCUAUUGAUGAAACCAAAGAAUGUUGGAAAUGAAAUCAAUGAAAUGAGACAAGAAAGAAUGCACUGUAUAGUUUGUGAUGAAAUUAAAUUGAAUUAACUUCAAUAAAUUUCCAUCCUGCGACUGUAAA